AUUCCGAUCGCAUCGACCUCGUCUGCCUAUUGAUAACCUAACUGUACAGGAAAUGAUAAUUAUACACGAUGAACGAAGAAAUCUACAUACGAACGGCUACACAAGAUGAUUCAGACAUUCUUUAUAACUUACUCAAGGAAAUGCGAGAUGGGGAGGGGCGUCUGGACGCGUUUGUUGUUACUCCUGAAGAAUUCAAAAGGGAUGGAUUUGGAGAAAAUAGAUGUUUUGAGGCUUGUGUAGUGGAGCAUAAAGACAAUAAGGAGGUGAUCGGAUUUGCCACUUAUUUCUUCGGUUACAACGGUGACUGUGGUAAAAUUUUAUACCUGGAAGACAUUUUCAUCAAACCAGUAUUUAGAUCUAAAGGAUACGGAACGGCAGUUUUCAAGUAUAUGGCAAAGAUUACGUUGGGGCGUGGAGCUCGCCGUAUGGAAUGGUGUGUUAUGAACGAUCCAUCGUGGAACGCCAAGACGAUAGAGUUUUACAAAAAAUUUAACAGUAUCGACGACAACUUAAAGCAACUGUAUCUUCAUGGUGACGUUUUACAGAAAUGUGCAGAGUAAAUGUAGGAUCACAUACAGCAUGAUGAAUAAAUCUAUCUCAGAAAAUUCA